AAAAAACAAAAAAACCCUCAGGAUCUUAGCACGUUUGAUGGGGUAACUGAUUGAAUGAAAGAAGCUGGAUGAGAAACAGAGAUAUGAGAUUUCUUUGCAGUAAAGUGUUUAAUUAUUAUGUACAGGAACUUUAACGUCAUAUAUUGAUGUUUAUUCUUUUAAAGGAGGGUGCAUCUGCCCGUAAGACUCAGACUCCUGCAGCACAGCCAGUACCUAGACCAGUUUCUCAAGCAAGGCCACCCCCAAAUCAGAAGAAAGGAUCUCGAACGCCCAUUAUCAUAAUUCCUGCAGCUACCACCUCUUUAAUAACCAUGCUUAAUGCGAAAGACCUUCUACAGGACCUGAAAUUUGUUCCAUCAGAUGAAAAGAAGAAACAAGGCUGUCAACGAGAAAACGAAACUCUAAUACAGAGAAGAAAAGACCAGAUACAACCAGGGGGCACUGCAAUUAGUGUCACAGUACCCUACAGAGUAGUAGACCAGCCCCUUAAACUUAUGCCUCAAGACUGGGACCGGGUUGUAGCAGUUUUUGUGCAGGGUCCUGCAUGGCAGUUCAAAGGUUGGCCGUGGCUUUUGCCUGAUGGAUCACCAGUUGACAUAUUUGCUAAAAUUAAAGCCUUCCAUCUCAAGUAUGAUGAAGUCCGUCUAGAUCCAAAUGUUCAGAAGUGGGAUGUAACAGUAUUAGAACUCAGCUAUCACAAACGUCAUUUGGAUAGACCAGUUUUCUUACGGUUCUGGGAAACAUUGGACAGGUACAUGGUAAAGCAUAAAUCUCACUUGAGAUUCUGAAUUAUUUGGUUCCCCCAUUUAUGGAAAUCUGGAUUAAGAAGUAUGGAUAUACCUUGAACUAAAGACUGAGACUCAAGCUUUAUGAAUUUAUCAGGAACUUAUAAAUGAAGAAGGUCACAGAUUGAUCUUUUAUAAGACCUUAUUUGAUGCUUUGUGCUUCAAAGGGAUGAUGCCUGUCAUCCAUAUAAGCAACUUUUUGGCUUAUAACUAUUUUUUUAAUAUUAGCCUUGUAGUCUGUAAUGGAAAUUGUAUAUUUUGAUAGAAGUUUUUUCUCCAUUGGUUAAAUUAGCAUUACUUAAAAUUUGUUUCUUUAGAAAAUAAAUACAGGUUAUAAAUGUGUGUAUAUUUAGAGGUUAUAAGGCUCUCAAAGCCAUCUCGCUUCUGAUUUUUCAUUGCUCUAUAAUUCCUUUUACUGAAAAGACUGUGUUAUGAAUGGUAUUAAAUUUUAGUGUCUGUAACAUUCAGAACUGAGCAAAGGGAUGUGACUAUUUUGAAUGAAUCAAAAUGUCCACCUGUAUGUAUACUAUACCUACACUUACUCUUUAUUUAAAAACGGAAUGGUGAAAAAUCAAGAACAAUUUUCAGCUUUGGUUGAACUGUUCAGCCUUUUCAAGACUUCUUUACUUAUGAAUGAAUACAUUUAAUGAAUGUACAUUCUUUUCACUGACUUUGGUGAUUUUAAAACUUAGAGUGAUAUAUUUCUGUGAUAUCUUUCCUUUUGAAAAAUCUCAAAACACAGAUUAAAAAUAUAAUAGGCUCUAGUACUUUCAUUUUGGGAGCCAGAGUAUGAUUUGGGGGAAAGAGUAUGUAUCAGCUUUAUUGCAGUGUAACUUUAACUUCUUUAUCUUUUCUCAUAAGUCCAGCUUUGAUUCUUAUUUUAUAUGGUAUAGUAUUUUGAGUCUUCUGUUUCUGGGCUUGUCAGUCUUGGAGUUCUUAUCUUUUGUUAUCCCUAAAUAUUGAUAAACUCCCAGGCACCAAAGAACAUGUUUGCUUACUUAAGUGUCUGAACAGAAACAAGAUAAAAACGCUGGUAUUUUUAUGUGCAUAUUUAAUAGGGUAUAAAAUACAAAACCUAUAUUUUAUCUUAGUAAACUAUUUUACUAUUUCUCUACUUUAGACAGAAUGUUGCAUCCAAGGUACAACGAAUGACCAUUCUCCUUGAGUAUUGAUUUCACCUUUUACUACUUAAAAGAAACUAGGAACCUAUGCUCCCCUACAUUGUUUUUUGCCAUUAGAAUUUUUGCUGAUCAUUAAGUCCUGUUGUCAUUUUUUCCCCCCAUUUUCCCCCCACCAUGAUUCUCUCUUAGGUUAACAUGUUUUUAGUAAACAUCUAACACUUUCAUAUGUGUUAAGCUGACAUUACCUAGCCUCUUUUUGAAAUUUAAUGCUAUCAUAAAAAUGAGAAGCAAUUAUUUAUUUUUUAAGUAGCCACAAAAGUUCUUGCCAGUAGUAAAUAGAAAAGAUAUUUAUUCAUAUGAAAUUCACAAGGCUCUUCAUAAAAAAAGCAAUCAGCAUUUAAAAAUAUUAGAUUUUAAUAUAUUUAAAAGAUUUGAACAGAUCUUGCCCAUUUUUUCCUUCUCUGCAUCCCUCUUCUUGAAGAUAAAAGAAAACAAAUUUGUUUACAUUAGAAUUUGUCAGCAUAUAAAUCUGUUUUCAAAAUAAAUUAUGUAUUGUGUAAACUUUCUCCAUGAUGAAAUAGUCAAGAACUAAAAUCUGUAAUAUUGUAAUGUGAGAUUACUUGUUAAGACUACUACAAAUGGACAUGAACUACCUUUCCAUAAAGAUUUUUGGUAUUUAUUCUUAUAUAUAUAAUUUACUUGAUAAAGAGUAUGAGUUAAAUUUGGGAACAUCUACUUCGAACAGGGUUUAUUUUUUUAUUUUGAAUUUGCCUAUGUAUAUUGAAAGGCUUGUGGAAAUACUGUAUGGAACAUUAGGAAAAAUACAAAUAUGCUAUACCCUGUAUUUUAAAAUCAGACUUCUAGUAUGUAUUUUUUUUCUUCGUUUUGACAGUUUAGUUCCAUAUUUAGGUCCAUGUAAUUAAUUUUAUAACCAUUAAUUCUAAAAAAAAAAAGUCCCAAACUUUCAGCCAACCACUAUUUAUUCUCCCAUGACUCAGUUCUACAGCAGCACCUAACACAGCACCUUGUGCGUAGUAGGCAUUCAGUAAAUAUUUGUAUGCAUGAAUGAAUGAAUGAUGUAUUUUCAGUGUAACUGAUUUAUUACAAAGUAAUUUGAGUAUACUUGGUCUUAGAGUUUGAGAAUACAGAAUUUCAGGAAGUGAAGAGGCGUAAGUAGAUAUUUUGAUGGAAACAAAGUGUGUAUUAAUAACUUGACUUAACCCCUAGUUACUAUUAAUUGGAGACCCCCUUGUUUGCCCUGCCUAUGAAGGAAGCUCUGUUUCUUUAUUCAUAGGACACUCUUCUGAGUCAGGUAACAGUAAGAAAUAUGUAAGUUUCAAUCAAUACCUCUCCACCCUGAUUACACAUCAGAAUUGUUUGAGGAGUUUUUAAAAAUACCCAUGUCUGAAUCCUGAUUCUGAUUCAGUUUGUCUGGCAUAAGACCUGGUCAUCACUAUUUUUUAAAAAGUUCUCCAGGUAAUUUUAAUGUGCAGGAAGGAUUGAGAAUCACUGGUUUAAUUUGUUACUGAAAACAGUACCAGUAUUAAAUGUAAUUAUACCUCCUUUUCUUCUACUUUUGUGUGUGUGUUUUUUUUUUUCUUUCUUUUUUUUCUGUGGGCACUCUUUGCACUAGACCAUCCCCAUGAUUUGGAGGUAUUGGCCUUUUUUCCCAUAUGACAAAUUUAGAUCUUAUUUAUUUAAUAUAGAAGGUGUAUUUUACUGUUUAAUAUUUAAACAAUGUUUAAUAUAUUUCAUUAUUAACUAAUAUUAUAGUUUAUGGUUUUUUCCCGAUGUGUUCAUAUCCUUUACUAACUUUUCAUUUUUAGCGGCAGCACAAUAAUUCAUACAGAAAUAACAUUCAUAAUGAGGAAAAUCUCAUAAUUGAUUUUUAAGUUACAAAGAAGUAAAGUAUUAAUUUCUUAUCUGCCAUGCAGAAUGAGACAAAUACAGUUUGCUUAUUAAAGGAAAGAGGCAUACUUUUAAAUUAGUCUGCACAGAAAAGUAUAAGUAAACUAUUUCAUUUAAAUAAAAUUCAUUAUCUAAUAAACAUUGAAGGGAGUAUUUUUCCUAAAUAAAAACUUUUGUGACUCCUAACAAAAUUCAAGUGAUGACAUUGUUCUUUUUUGGAGGGUGGGAGGGAGUAUUUGUUGAACUAAUGUAGUAUAUAAAAUUCUUUGAGACUAGCAGUAUAUUUUGUAAUAUUACAAAUAUAACAGUUUCAAAACCUGGUCAAAGUUAGUGACUUAGAAAGUGGCUUAAAACUGUGUUUUGAAAUUGCUUGUUUAAAUGCAAAAUUACAACCAAGGUAGAGAAGGUUUUUUUUCAGAGAAGUUUAUUAAAGAUUUCACACACAUACUUUUAAAAAAAAGAUUCUUCAUAAAGAAAUUGUUGGUUUAUCUUGUUACAGUUCACAUGGAGUGCUGUAAUUUGUAAAAUAAAAACUAUAGAAAUUUGUUCUCCACUGAAAAGUUGGCAGCUGCUGUUUUUCAAAAAAAAAAAAAAAGAUGCAAAUUCAAUUUAAUUACAUUAGCCUUAAUAUUACUAGACUGAAUUUCUAGUAUUUAUUCACUUGGGUUUGAGAUUCACCUGAGUAUUCUAAUAAUAGUAUAUUAACUUUAGAAAUAAAAAAGGGAGAAGUGACUGAAUUUGAGUUAAAUUAACCAUGUCCUAUAUUUUCUGGCAUAAUCAUUGCCACAUCUGCAAGAGUAUGCACCCCAGCAUUGUUGAUGUAUUCACAUGAUGGAAUAAUAACUAAGGAGACAUUGAAAAUGUAUAAUAGAUGUAUAAAGAAUUAUGUUUAGUAAAUAUAAUACAUAAUACUUUCAGGUUAUUGAUCUCUUUGGAUUUGUGUGUAUUAUUCUAGGUAGAGUUUAUAAGAGUAUCUUGGAAGUUUUAAAUAUGUGCCAUUUACUGAAAUGCGGGAAGCAUUUUUAUACAAGUAAAGCUAAUUAAAUAAAACUAGUUUUAUUGCCAGAAUUCAAAAAGUGGGGUGGUUCUUUGUAAAAUUUAAGCAAAUGAUCUAUCUUUCUGAGGAUUUUGUUUGUCAUUGAAUUCCAUUUGUAUCCACUUUAAAUUUACUAAAAGCUACUUAACCCCCUUAAUAUGUGAUACAGGUCAUACACACAGAGUAGGCAUUAUAAAUGUUGGUUUAACCACCAAUUGGUACUAUUUAUCAAGCAAAAUGGUUCUUAAAUAGAGCUUAAGUUUGGGCCAACCUGUGACCUGAUAAAAUGUUCUACUCAUUCUUAUUCCAUUUCUGUGUAAUUUUAAAUUUCAGGUUUAAUUGUAAAUAAAACAUUUUUAUAGUACCUAA